UAAAUAGUUCCAACACUGCAGUACGGUACAAGCAACAACAUCUCUCUUGUCGCAGCAGCGGAAGACAGUCAACAUGAUACCUCUCAGCGAUUUUCAAAAAAUCGGGAUCGGUCUCUCUGGUUUUGGCGUAAUAUUUCUAAUUCUCGGGACUGUGUUGUUUUUUGAUCGUGGUCUUCUAGCGAUGGGAAACAUUUUGUUUAUUGCCGGCGUGGCGUUCGUUAUCGGGAUGGAGAGGACGUUUAAGUUCUUCUUUCAGGCACGGAAGGCGAAAGCGACUGGUUGUUUCAUUGGUGGCAUAUUAAUCGUUCUUCUCGGGUUUCCAGUCAUUGGAAUGAUAGUGGAAUUGUACGGAUUUUAUCUUCUAUUUAAGGGUUUUCUUCCAAUUGCUGUGAACUUUUUGAGACGAGUUCCAAUUAUUGGAAACGUUUUGAAUUUACCCGGACUUAGAUCGUUGAUGACAAGAGUUGAAGAAUCAUCUAGUUCUAUGGCAUGACGUGACAGAAAUUAGUUCUUAUUGGUACAGUUUGAUCACUUACUGCUCGAUUUCAUUCCAAAAAGAAUGAACUUAUCAAGUCAACAUGAGUGCCAUUACAAUCAACUAA